CGCGAUGUCAUACAUCAUAUUUAAACGCUAAAUAAAGUGAGAGUGGAGUUGCGAAUUAUGGUAACUCGAAAGAUAGAAUGCCGUCUGUCGUCCUGCGAAUCUCAUGUCGCAUCUGAACCAGACUCCGUCCGAGGAAGCCACAUUGUUAGCCCGGGGUUACAAGCUGCUAAGAAAACUCGGCGAAGGUUGUUACGCAAAAGUGUACUUGGCCGAGUAUAAGCCGGAACACGAGUCUGAUCGAAAUAACAUCCUGGCCUGCAAGAUCAUCAACACUGCGAAUGCGCCGAAAGACGUUGUCCGGAAGUUUCUGCCGCGCGAACUAGACAUCCUGGCGAAGCUGAAUCAUCCGCACGUUGUACACGUGCACAGUAUCUUUCAGAGGCAUACCAAGUACUUCAUAUUCAUGCGUUUCGCCGAGAAUGGCGAUCUUCUCGAUUUUGUACUGAGGAACGGCGCGGUAUCGGAAAACCAAGCCCGCGUGUGGUUCCGGCAACUCGCUUUAGGCCUUCAGUAUCUACACGAAAUGGAGAUAGCGCAUCGCGACAUCAAAUGCGAGAACGUUCUCCUGACAGCCAACUACAAUGUAAAACUGGCAGACUUUGGUUUCGCCCGUUAUACGCUCGACACUCGCGGUAAGCGCGUUCUGAGCGACACGUAUUGCGGUUCGCUGUCGUACGCGGCGCCGGAGAUCCUCCGCGCCUAUCCGUACAAUCCCAAGAUAUCCGAUAUAUGGUCGUUAGGGGUGAUCCUCUACAUAUUGCUGAACAAGGCCAUGCCGUUUGAUGAGGAUAACAUAAAGCGUCUGUACGAGUUGCAGAUAACGCGCAAAUGGAAAUUUCGUAGUAAAGUAAAGGAUAACGUGACCGAUCUCGUGAAGAAGCUCGUGAACAACAUGCUCGAGCCAGAUAUAUCUAAACGCUGGCGUUUGGAUCAGAUCGUGCAUAGCGAUUGGAUCGCUAUGGAUCCGCGUCUUCUGGUACUCACUCCUGCGGAACAGACCGCGCUGAACCACGCGAUCGAGGAGCGAAAGAGACACGAAGAGAAGUUUGCGAGGAGGGAACCGGCACGAACAGAAAGCCUUGUACGAUUAUUUUUAAACAUUCUUCAUAAAUCCAAGUGUCUCUUAGCGUCGCUUCCCUCGUAUGUCGCGCUGACGAUGCGUAGAACGCUGCUGGUCAUCUACCUGGCGUACACGCGUUUUUUAUCGCAUAUUCAAUUGUAAGAUUAACCGAACUUGCAAUGCAAUUGACAUCAAACGUGUCGAUUCGGUUACGUUUCGCAAAUCGAAUUUAUAUUAAUUAAGAAGAAUACAAAUAGCAAGUAAUAUCGCACGAGAUUACGAGUACCCGUUUUUCAGAAAUGGUUCAAAAUCGAGGAGAAAAGGGGGAUCAACAAUGACUACAAAUCGCGUGCAGCAGAGGAAGUAACGAUUCUUAAAGACGCCGCAAAAGU